UGGCGGCUAGUACCUGCGUCCUGCUCCCUGCUCAACUAAAGAUUUAAGUUGAUUGCACCAUCUGUAAACGCAGUAACUAUUUCAAGUAUGGUCAAACACACAAUGCAUUUUGUGCUGUUUUACUAGAUCAAGCUAAAUUUCACAACCAUUACACGUGACGUAUGACAAAACCUUCUGCUCGGGCUGUCUGCUUGAAGAUGUUAAUUAAAAUAAACAUUUCUUUUGCUGCGCAGUCACUAUGGAUCGAAUGACAAUACAGAAAUACCUUAGAGAGAGCACUUUAGGAUUUAUUGGUGCAGGUCAAAUGGCACAGGCUAUAGCUGAUGGUCUUGUGAAACAAGGCUUAAUUAUGCCUGGUGAUAUCUAUGCUUCUGCUCCAUCGGAGAGAAAUUUGAGAAGUUGGAAAGAGAAAGGAAUGAACGUAACUCAUCGGAAUGAUGACAUUGUGAAAAAUUGUAAAACCAUAUUCUUAGCUGUCAAACCACAGUAUUUGAAUGAAGCACUGAGUGCAAUCACACCAACUCUUGAUAAAAUCCCACGUCUGUUUGUGUCUGUCAUUGCUGGGAUUUCUUCAACAGCUCUGGAAGAGGCUCUUUCCACACUAGUGCCUUCCUCUAGAGUUGUGAGAGUUAUGCCCAAUACUCCUCUUCGUGUGGGAGCAGGAUGCUCAGAGUUUUUGUUUUGUUUUGCAGUCUUUUGUGGCGGAUGCACGUCAGUUGAUAGAGAUACUGAAAUUGUCAAAGGGUUGCUCUCAGAGCUUGGACUGUGUCUUGAGAUUAAGGAGAGUAUGAUGAGUGGUGCAGGUGUCAUUGCUGGAUGUGGACCUGCAUUUAUGUACAUGAUGAUUGAAGCAAUUGCUGAUGGUGGUGUCAAUAUGGGAGUACCUAGAGAAAUGGCUCAACAACUAGCGGCACAGACUAUGUUGGGUGCUGCUCAGAUGGUUUUAAAGACAGGACAGCAUCCUGGGCAGCUUAAAGAUGAAGUAUGUUCACCGGGUGGCAGCACCAUAGCAGGUGUUCAAGCUCUUGAGAAGUGUGCUAUAAGGUCUGCAAUGAUGGCAGCAGUAGAAGCUUCAACCUUGAGAAGUAUAGAGCUUGGGAAGCGCAAGUGAAUUACUAUCAAGUAACCUAAUAAGUUUGCCAGCUGAAGUACGUAUAUAGUUGCAGUAGGGCAAGAUUGUGUGGAUCUGAUUUUCUAUUUUAAACAAACAUUCCGAGACCCUGAUAGUUCUAGAAAAUAUCCACAAAACAGUUUCAGUCAGUCUGAGUCAUCUGCAUAUUUCCCCUGCUGUGGAUUUUGUUAUUGACUGCUUUUUUAGAUCUGAUUUUUACAAGACAUGUAUAUAUUUCUUUUGUUUUAAGUUUGUUGUGUGCAAUGAAUCUCGUGAUUAUUACCAGCUGAUAUAUUCCAUUGUAUUUAUUUAAAACUCAAAGAUCCUCUCAACGAGGCUAAAAAUGUGAUAUUUUGUAACAUGUAAGUAGAGUUGGUGAAGGCUGCUCCCGACACUUAGCUCUUCCUCAAUUUGUAAAAACUGUAAAAUUGUGACAACUGGAAGGCGAGUGCUCCCAAUAAACUUCUACAGUUCAAUGAGUUUCCAACA